AUGUUGACUAACACAGAAUAUGCUCAAAUGAUGGAAAAUUUGGUAAUUUCGACAACAAGUUCACCACCUUCAUUUCCGAUUGACAAUUUAUUGCCGACUUGUGGUUUGGACAGCGGAACUAUUCGAGUUUUGGACUUUUCUAGUCCGAAUCGUUUUAUGAUGAUUCGUGACGAAGAGAUUAUAAAACUUGCAAAAAAUGGCAUCAAUACUAAGUUAAUACAACAUCAAUUGCAUCACCAUGGUGAGCUACGACAACGUCUUUAUGAUUUGUUCACUGAACCAGCUAAGGGAAAGGAAUAUCUUUUGCGAAUGGCUACUGACAAUAAUGGGAAUUUCCUCAUUCAAGAACUUUUGGCAAGUGAAAACCGAACCUCAAGCCUGCUUAUUCGUGGUCUCGAGGAGAUUGCUUCGACUUUGGCAUUAAAUCGUUAUGGUUGCCGAGUUCUACAAAAACUUGUUCAAACCUUGCCGCCACAUUCUGUUGAAGAUUUAAUGAAUGUUAGAUUUGCUGGAAUUGAAUUUCAAUUGAUUACCGAUCAAAACGGUAAUCAUAUCGUUCAAUAUAUUGUUAACAAUCUCGAACCACAAGUCUACCAAAAAUUCAUUGAAUCUUUAAAUAAGUCUGUUGGUCUUAAACAAGUUGUUGAGAACAAAUAUGGUUGUCGUGUGUUGCAAUGCGCGCUAGAAAAGGUUAUUCUGAUUUGCCAUCAAAACAAUGGACAGCAACGGGAUGCUACCACCAAGAGUGCUGCUUAUGAAAUACUUCAUUUAAUGAUUUCGACUGUUUUGCAACAUGCUCGCUCAUUGGCUGAACAAGAAUUUGGAAAUUAUAUUGUCCAGGCUAUUCUUAAAGAUGACUUUUUGGCGAGACAGCGCUCUUAUAUAAUCAAACACCAUUUUAUGUCUAAUAUUUUGGAACUGUCACAAGGAAAGUACUCUUCUCAUGUUAUUGAGUAUGGAAAUUAUGUCGUUCAACGAAUGCUUGAAGUAGCGAUUCAAGUACGGUUGGGACAACGCCGUGGAAAUCAGCAAUGGUUUGACAAAAUUGUGACUUAUGCUUACAGUGUUGGUCGACAGCUUUCACGUUAUUCAUCUGGCAAGAAGGUUCUUGAAACAAUCAAAAUGACUCUGGCACAUUUGGCGCCUCCUCUUUUGCAAGUUCAAAUGCCGCAACCAUUACCUCAAUACUAAAUAUAAUUAAUAUAGAGAAUAUUUCUUUACCAAUUUUCAUUUUUUAAAUUAUGAAUUCCUGCCUAUUAACCUAAAAGAAAUACAAUAUACUAUUUUUGAUGUUAUAUAUCCACACGGGGCAAAAAAUAUUUAGAUUAAUUUUAUAUUAAAAUUUUUUGCCCCAUUUUGUUAUUAUUGCUUGUUAUUCUCUCAGACAAUAUGCUCAAUGAACAUAUUAAAAUUGUUUUAGUUAUUAUAAAAUUAAUUAUACCCUGUACUUUUUGAUCUUUAUUGAUGGUAUUACAAGGUUUUAUCGGUAAUACUUUGGAUGAGACCCC